GUGCGUGUCUCAUUGACGUGUAUUAUUAUAACUGAAUUCUACUAAUCGCUACAAAGGAGUCUCUUAUCAAAUAAGAUUAUCUACUUAAAAACCUCUGGCAUUGAUAUCUUUCUUUCAGUGUCGUGAGAUCCUUGGUAAUUGCGGAGUGCCAGCUAUCGCUCUAAUAACGUAUUUAAUUAACAAUAAUGUUUUAUUGACAUUGCUACCUGUUUGCCGCUAAUUCCUUGUUUUAGAGCAAGUCGAUCUGAAUUCCAUUAGUUUGGAACGGUCGCACAGAUAAGGGACAUCAUGACACGCGCCAACUUUUAUAUCGUCCUCCUGACGGUUUUCCUGGCUACCUGCAACUCCAUGGUCGCCGGAUUUGAGAAUGAAACGAAUUUUAACACACUCCAUCCUAUUAGUCGGAAUGGUAAAAUAGUGUUAAUGAGCGAGGAGUUGAUAAAGAAGAUACAAAAUGAACAGUCUACCUGGCAUUGGACUCCAUGGCUAAGAACUCGGGUGGAAGUCAAUGAGGAUGGCAUAGCGCAGCAGACGUGCCCUGGUGGAGACUCCAUUGAGAGUUUCCCUGACUCACUAUUUGAUGAUGAACAGUUGAGGCAAGGUGCUUUCUUACUUUAUGUGAUGUUUGGUAUCUACUCAUUUACACUUCUGGCUAUCGUGUGUAACGAUUACUUUAUUCCUUGCGUCGAACUGAUUUGUGAAGACUUAAAGAUUCCUCAGAAUGUAGCCGCAGCUACGUUCAUGGCUGUCGCCACAUCUUGUCCAGAAUUCUUCGUUAACGUGAUAUCGACGUUUUUGACCGAGUCCAGUAUGGGUAUUGGUACCAUUGUCGGUUCAGCUAUUUUCAACGCCCUCGGAGUGGCAGCUGUAGGAGGUCUCGCCACGGUCGUGCCUAUCAAAAUCGAGGCUCGUCCUGUCACAAGGGAUGUAAUUAUCUAUAUGAUUAACGUUAGUGUACUAGUGGCCUUUGUAUGGGAUGGACAGAUCGACUGGUACGAGGCUGUGGUACUUGCCGUCCUAUAUGUCCUCUACUUUAUUAUCAUGUUCAACAGUGUGAGGAUGUUCGCUUUGUACGACAGAUUAGUUGCUAAAUGGUGCAAUAAGAACAAUACACUGGAUAUUGUAGAAAUGCCGACCGCUGAAAACGGAAAGUCUGUUGAAGAAGGCGUGGAUAACAAAGGAUUUAACGAUACAACUCUUUCAAAUCCUGAGAAAGUGUCAGUUGUUGAUAAUGUUGAAACUGAGGUCGUUAAACCCAAGAAGAGUGUCUUCAGGUGGCCCAAAGAAAACUCGAACUUGUAUAAGUUUUGGUGGCUCUACACUUGGCCCUUGAAACUUGUACUGGGUAUGACCAUCCCAUCGCCCAUAACUUACAGAAGAUGGUACCCACUUGCUUUCUUCAUGUGCAUCGUCUGGAUUGGUGCUAACUCAUACUGUGUGUCUUGGAGCAUGACCGUGAUUGGUCAUACUUUCUACAUUCCCGAAUCAGUGAUGGGUAUGACUUUCUUGGCAUUUGGUGGAUGUCUUCCUGAAGCUUGUUCCGUGUUCAUCAUGUCCAGACGAGGUGAAGGAGGUAUUGGUGUCUCGAAUGCUCUGGGAGCUAACUCCUUGGCUAUCUUGUUCGCGUUGGGUUUGCCGUGGCUUAUUAAGACAUUGAGCCUGGUCGCAGAGAACGCUGACCAACAGGCCGUGCUCAUCAACUCAGCUGGUAUUGACUUCGUAGUGGGCUCUUUGCUUGUAGCCGUCGCCUGUUUAUGGAUCACCCUUUACAUUGGCAAAUUCACGCUCAGAAAAAGCCUCGGUGCUAUUCUCUUAGUUCUCUACGUCAUCUUCAUUACUUUCGCUAUUCUAGUAGAGAUGGGAAUUAUUAUAGGCGUUGAAAUGUGUUGAGUAAUUUGUUCGCAAUUUCAUUGGAUUAAGAUAACGGAGUUAAUAAUUAUUAGAGGUUAUUAAUUCUCUUUGGCUUUGUAUAUGCUCAGAUGGAUCACUGUUGUUAAGGAUACCCAUGAAUGCAGAAGUUCUAAGUCAUUACAAUGAGUAGCUGUUUUGUUAACAUAUGUAAAAAAUAUGUCGUCUGAACUGUCAUAUGUAAUGAUUUGAAUACAUAAUGGGUUGAGAAAUGACUAUUGGGUAAUUUUAAUGAAUUUCUGUAGGUUAGGUGAUCCUUUGAGCUAGAUCGAGGCCUUAGUUUAAUACAUAACUCGUUAUUGGAAUGACUAAGAGAGUGUACUCAGACUUUUGAUUCGAUUAAGUAAAAUUAAAACUCAAGCGUGGUGGCAUUAUAAUGACUUGCGUUGUGAUAUUAGUUACAUGAUAUAGAUGUUCUUUUUUUUAAAUGGCGCUCUG